GGGCUAUUACUAACAGUGGCCAACUGGUAGAUGUUGGCACUACAACUGCCACUACAGGUAUUGACACUUCAGUUACUGUGGGUGCUGUUACAACAAACACCAUAGACAUCACCUGGACACCUGUCCCUGGUACCAAUAUCUAUCAGAUAAUAUACACUGGACCAGAUGGGCAGCAGCAACUAGGGCAGGUUCUUCAUCCAACCACUGAUUUCACCCUUACUGGACUUACUCCUGCAUCUCAGUAUGACAUCACUGUAAGGGCAUUUAACACUGAUGCUGGACAACAGACAGAUAUUGGCACUGCUACUGCAACUACAGAUACACUGCUUAAUCUGGUUGCCAGUGCUCAAAACAUCCAAACAACUAGCUUCGACAUCAUGUGGGAAGACAGACCUGAAUUCACUUAUACUAGCUACAUUGCGACAGUCAGUGAAGUAGGGGGUACUUUUUCAGUACAACUUCCAGCCACUGCGAAUCGGGAUGGUAGAAAUAUAACAGUCAAUGCUGCAGGCCUUACUUCCGGCACAGAAUACGAUGUUAACAUCCAAGGUGUGACCGGUACGGGAGUGCGUGAGGAUCAAGUCAAUUUCAACGUUUUCACAAGGCCAAAUCCACCCAUCGAUGGUCGCUUCACCGAGAUAAAUGGAAUGACAGUACUACUUGAAUGGAAUCCACCUGCUGAUGGGAGAAUAGAUGGGUAUGUAGUGAUACAUGGUGCAGAAACCCAGGAUCCAACUACUUUGACCCAGGCUCCUAUCCCAGUUGGUCAGACGGCAUACGCCAUCUCGGGACUCAAUCCUAUCAUACCCUCUACCAUAGGACUGGUAUCAUAUCGGAAUUCAACUGAUACAUUCAGUGAUUUUGCCGAGCUACUUCAGCAACAAAAUUCUAACUUGGAAAUAAAUAGAGGUGAUAACCCAUGCGCAAGUAGACCAUGUAGGAAUGAUGGACAGUGUUUUGGUGUGUCAGGAGGCAGUUUCAGAUGUGAAUGCAUCAAUGGUUUCAGUGGUACUACCUGUGAAGUAAACACAGAUGAAUGUAACAGCUUUCCUUGUCAAAAUGGAGGGACCUGUACUGAUCUUCAAAAUGGUUAUAUCUGUCGCUGCCUUACUGGAAUAACUGGCACAAACUGUGAGAUAAGACCGCAGCCUUGCUCCAACAAUCCUUGUUUAAAUGGUGCGACCUGUGUGGAAGUAUUUACAACCUUUACAUGCUCUUGUCUUGCUGGCUUUACUGGCACGUUGUGUGAAACAGAUAUCGAUGACUGUGCACCAGUCGACCCCUGUCUCAAUGGUGGCAUCUGUGUAGAUGCAGUCAACAGUUUCAUGUGUAUAUGCCAAACUGGCUUCUCGGGCACUAACUGUGAAAUAGAUAUAGAUGAAUGCAAUCCUGAUCCUUGUCAGAACGGUGUGUGUAUUACAAUUGCACCGGGAUCCCCCUUCACAUGUGUUUGUAAUCAAGGCUUCACUGGGCAGAAUUGUGAGACUGAAAUUAAUGAAUGUAAUUCGAUGCCCUGUCUCAAUGGCGGUACCUGUAUAGAUGCUCUGUUAAGCUAUGUGUGCAGAUGUGCACUUGGGUUCACCGGAGUAAACUGCGAAUCUCCAACUGAUGAGUGUGCCAGUCAACCAUGCCUCAAUGGAGGAACUUGCGUGGAUGGUGUAAACGCGUACGAGUGUAGAUGUCCAAUGGCCUUUGGUGGGAUAAACUGUGAAACAGAUAUCAAUGAAUGCUUAUCGGGACCAUGCAUGAAUGGUGCCACAUGCUUUGAUCAGUUGGGGUUCUUCCGAUGUCAGUGUCCUACAGGGUACGAGGGACCAACAUGCGCUACGGACAUCAAUGAAUGUGCAAGUACUCCAUGUCAGAAUGGCGGAACAUGUCUGGACUUCCCAGGGUUAUACAUUUGUAACUGUGUCCAAGGUUUCUCUGGUAUUCACUGUGAAAUAAACGAUGACGAUUGUCGAAAUAACCCUUGCCUGAAUGGAGCUACUUGUAUAGAUGGAGCGCAGUCUUUCACCUGCAUUUGCCCAUCAGGGUUUUCCGGAACAACGUGUGCUAUGCAAUUGGACGCAUGUAACCCACCACCUUGUCAGAAUGGAGGAACGUGUAUCAAUCUUUUCCCAUCGUUCCAGUGUGUUUGCCCUCCUGGCUUCACUGGAACAAACUGUGAAAGAAAUAUUGAUGAGUGUCUUAGCUUUCCCUGUGCAAAUGGAGGAACUUGUAACGAUGGUAUCAAUCAGUACGUGUGUUCAUGUACUGCUUCUUUCCAGGGUCCUAGAUGCCAAAUAGGAAGAAACAUUCCACUUACUUACACCCCAACGACCACUACACUUACUUUUGAUUGGCCGGCACAGCCUGGAGUCGUUCAAUACAGGAUAUCUCUCCAAAAUCUUGAUGGGAGCCCAGCUGCAUCUCCCCAAACAAUUUUCCAGCCAUCUGCAACGUUCUCCGGCCUUGACCCCACCACAACUUACAUAGUUUCUCUGGAAACAACUGCAGACGGUGUAGACUACAACCUCAGUCAAGAUUUUGGUACAACAGAUACACCACCAUGUGAUGUUGCUCGAUGUUUCUUUGGAGGUACGUGUCGGGAAGAUAACACAGCAACGCGUGGUUAUACCUGUGAUUGUACAACUGGGUACACUGGUGACAACUGUGAACAAAAUAUCAAUGAGUGCUUAGUGACUGUUAACCUAUGUGGGACUGGGAGAUGCUUUGACACCUUUGGCUCUUUUAUGUGUAUAUGUGACCCGGGCUUCCAAGGCACACGGUGUGAACAGGAUAUUAACGAGUGCCUAAGCAAUCCUUGUCAGAAUGGAGGCAUUUGUGAUGAUGAACCGAACCGAUAUGUAUGUCGAUGUCCGCCAGGAUUUACUGGGAUUAACUGUCAAACUGCGAUAGAUAACUGCGCAAGUGGACCCUGCAACAAUGGUGGCUCAUGCAUCAAUGGUUUUACUUCAUUUUUCUGUGCUUGUCCAACCGGAUAUACCGACUCACGAUGUGAAACAAACAUUAAUGAGUGCUUUAGCCAACCAUGUCUGAACGGUGGAACCUGUAUUGAUGGAAUUGCUAGCUUCACUUGCUCGUGUGCACAAGGUUUUGAAGGAACUAAUUGCGAAAACAGAAUAAGUGCUUGCCUAAGCUUUCCUUGUGUGAAUGGUGGAUCAUGUACGGAUGUUGCUACAGGGUAUUUCUGUUCAUGUGUCCCUGGAUUUGCAGGAACUAACUGUGAAAAUGAUAUCGACGAGUGUGCUUCAAAUCCAUGCUUGAACGGAGGGAUAUGCUCUAACCUACUCAAUCAGUUUACCUGUACUUGCCAAGGUCUAUUCACUGGCCUACGAUGUGAAACCCAGGUGGAUACUUGCAUAAGUUUUCCCUGUCAAAAUGGAGGGAGCUGUAUCAACAUUGCGAAUGGGUAUUUAUGCAACUGUCUUCCAGGCUUUACUGGUGUAAGAUGUGAAAAUGAUAUCAAUGAGUGUAUUAGCAAUCCUUGUGUUAAUCAAGGUACUUGUAUCAAUCAAGUUAGCCGAUUUUUGUGCCAGUGCCCAGAUGGAUAUGACGGAACACGAUGUGAAAAUAAUAUCGAUGAGUGUUUGUCAAAUCCUUGUUUUAAUGGGGGAACAUGCUUGGACCAGGUUGCUAGCUACAGGUGUAUUUGUACAGCAGCAUUUACUGGGACUCGAUGCACACAAAAUACAAAUGAAUGUGUUUCCUCACCUUGUCGGAAUGGCGGUACCUGUAUUGAUCAGGUCAAUGGUUAUAGAUGUGAAUGUCCAACUGGGUUUACUGGAAUUAUCUGUGAAACUGAUAUAAAUGAUUGCCUCAACAAUCCCUGUCUAAAUGGAGGAUCAUGCCAAGAUCUUCCUGGUACAUUCUUCUGUACAUGUGCUCUUGGAUAUACAGGUUUCAACUGCCAAACAAAUAUCCUUGAGUGCAACAGCAAUCCCUGUGUGAAUGGUGCUACAUGUGUGGAUGGUAUAAAUAGAUUUUCUUGCACUUGUGCGGCUGGAUUUACAGGAGCUACUUGCGCUGAACGAAUUGAUUUUUGUUUGGGCUCACCUUGUUCUGUGAGGGCAUCUUGUAUCUCCGUGGGAGCAUCAUUCUUGUGUCUGUGCCCACCUGGAUUUACCGGACCCACCUGUGAUAUUAACAUCAACGAAUGCCUCAACAAUCCUUGUCUGAAUGGGGGAACCUGUGUGGACGGAAUCAACUCCUUCACCUGCAAUUGCCCUCCAGGAUUCAAUGGCCAGUUCUGUCAGACAAAUAUCAAUGAAUGUGCCAACUUCCCAUGCCAGAACGGCGGUGUCUGUACUGAUUUGAUCAACGGAUUCAGAUGUCAGUGUUCUGCUUUCUUCCAAGGCAUCGUGUGCACUAUACCCCUUGUAAUUCAAAUGACGGACACGAGCACGGUCCCGAGGACCCUGCGUGUUGAGUUUGACCCGAUCAACAACGAACCGGAUGCCGUAUACGACGUCAUCAUAACGGCACCGGACGGGACCAUCGUUGACAUGCGUUCAUUCACCGACGCUGAUGUGGACAACGACGGACGGGUGAGGGCAGAUAUCCCUGGACUUGAUCCUGACCUCACCUACACGGUGGAUCUGCAGGUCCGAACACCGGAAGGGACGUUCACUCUUGAUACCAUGAUGAGUAGUCCACCAGGUGCUUGCGAUUCGGGACCAUGCUUCAAUGGAGGAACCUGUACAGAAGCUCCUGGAACUGCUUUAGGCUAUACAUGUACCUGUCUUCCCAGUUUCCAACAACCAAAUUGCUUGAUCCAAAUAAACCCAUGUGAUAGCAAUCCUUGUCAAAAUGGAGGUACUUGCCUGAAUUCCGGAUCAUCAUUUAUUUGUGCAUGUGCAGCUGCGUGGCAAGGAAACAUCUGUACUUUCCCUCGGUCAAUACCAAUAAAUUUCAACACACCAAACCCCAACACCCUCAUCAUUAGCUACACCCAGCCCCCAGGCCAGUACAGCUCAUACGAUGUGACGUUGCUAGACAUUGUGGGACAACCGGUACAGACUGGUGUAAUCAGCCCCGCCCAGAUACAGCCAGACGGUACUUUCCGCUACACCUUCAAUGGAGUACAGCCCAACACCGCCUACCAGGUGCAAGUGACUGGUCGCACCGCAGAGGGACCUCUCGAUAUUGGUCGUGCCAACACACAGACGCCGAAUGUGUGUGACAUUUCCCCCUGCCUAAAUGGAGGAUUGUGCCAAAAUAAUCAAGCAGUAUCAUCAGGUUAUACAUGCAACUGUCUUCCCGGCUACUCUGGAAUUAAUUGUCAAACAGAUAUCAACGAGUGUUUCAGUAAUCCUUGUACAAAUGGAGGCACAUGUCAACAGCCUUUCAUCAAUGCAUUCCGAUGUGCCUGUCUUCCUCAAUUUACUGGAACCACUUGUCAGAUUCCACUGAAUGUUGUAGUACGUACCGGCACAGUCACCCCGACCUCGGCCACAAUCGUAUUCAAUGAGCUACCAAGCGGGUCUGCCCAAUACACCCUAGAAGUUGAUGAUUUGCAGGGAAACCUUGUCCAAAAUGUCCCCGUCAAUCCUAACCAAGCUUCAAAUGGACAGUUUACUGUUCCGGUAAAUAAUCUUCAGCCUGGCUCGGGAUACAUCGUAUUUGUGCAAGGAACUAUCAGUGGACAGACAUUCCAACUCGGUUCUACUCCAGUGAACACCCCUUCUUUGUGUACUCCAACUACAUGUUUGAAUGGAGGAACUUGUGUGGAUUCUGGAAUAUCAUUUUUCUGUGUUUGUCCGCCUGGUUUUGAUCCAAAUACUAACUGCCAAGAUAUUAAUGAAUGUUUGAGCCAGCCUUGCCAGAAUGGGGGAACUUGUAACAAUGGACAGAACCGGUACGAUUGCGCAUGCCCCAUUUUCUUAUCCGGUGUAAACUGUCAAAAUAACCAAUGCACUUUGCGUCCAAAUAUAUGCCAGAAUGGAGGGACGUGUGUACCAUCUACACAGCAGCCUGGAUUUAAUUGCCUAUGUCGAAGCGGUUUUCAAGGAGACUUUUGUGAAAUUCAAACACCGAGUUGCAACCCGAGUCCUUGUCAAAAUGGAGGUACAUGUAUUGCUGGUACCAUAGGUAUCACAUGCAAUUGUGUUCAAGGCUACGUUGGGGAAUUCUGCCAGACAAUCGUCAACCAGUGUCUGAAUUUGCCAUGCAGAAAUGGAGGAAGUUGUGUUAGUCGGGUCAAUGGAUAUCUUUGUAAUUGUAUCCCUGGUUAUGUUGGUACCAACUGUGAAACAAAUAACAACGAAUGCGUCAGCAAUCCUUGUCUGAAUGGUGGUACCUGCAUCGAUGGUGUGAAUCGCUUUGACUGCAUAUGUCCUCCAAAUUCAAAUGCAAACAUCUUCUGUGAACAACCUCCAUCUGCAUGUGAUUCUGGACCUUGUUUGAAUGGAGGGACUUGUCAAAACACAGUAAAUGGCUUCUUCUGCUUCUGUCCAUCCAACUUUCUUGGUAUUCGGUGUGAAACUUUAAACAGCCCUUGUAAUCCAUCCCCUUGUCUUAAUGGAGGAACCUGCACACAAACGGGAUCUAGCUUCGCCUGCCGGUGUCUUUCCACUUUCACUGGGAUUCUCUGUGGACAAGCUAAUAAUGUCUGUGGUUUGAACUGCCAGAAUGGUGGAACUUGUUUGAGUGUUCCAGGAAUUCUGAUGUGCCUUUGUCCUACCAACUGGAUAGGAAAUCUUUGCACUAUUCCAAGGGUAAUUCCAGCUGGACCAGGUGCGGUUACGUCAAAUUCCUUCGAAAUAGUAUUCAGUUCCAUUGGUCCAAACACUGAGGCCACUGCACAUCGUCUUCUCUUACUUGAUGGAACCGAUGUCGUGCAGUCAACGACCCUACCAACCGCUCCACCGCGCAAUACCGAGAUUAGCUAUGUGUUCUCAAAUCUUAAUCCUGGAGCUAUGUACACAGUCAUCAUUGCUGCUGACACAGCAGAGGAGAGCUUUGAAUUAGUCCGUGUUCCGUUCACUACAGAUGCUGAGGAUGGUUGUGUUAGCCAGCCUUGCCAGAACCAGGCUACCUGCUCACCAAACUCUGCCACGCCUCUUGGGUAUAUGUGCUUCUGUGCACCUGGAUUUACCGGAACCACAUGUUCAAUAAAUAUCAAUGAGUGUGCUUCUGGGCCUUGUCUCAAUGGUGGAAGGUGUAUAGAUGCAGUCAAUGGUUACUCCUGUCUGUGCGUAGUGGGUUACACCGGUAUUCGCUGUGAAACUGUUCUUGAUUCAUGUACUAGCUCUCCUUGCCUCAAUGGUGGUAACUGCGUCAGCCAGGUUAAUGCAUUCUUCUGUAAUUGUCAACCAAACUUUAGGGGCGUACGUUGUGAAUUAUUUAACCCACCAUGUACAUCAAACCCAUGCUUAAAUGGUGGCACGUGCAGCAACAAUCAGAACAAUGACAACUACGUCUGUAUUUGCCCGCAAAACUUCAACGGUGUGAACUGUGAGAACCCCAUAGAUGGGGUGGAAUGUGCCAGUAACCCCUGCAGAAAUGGAGGUACCUGCAACGAGGGCUUCCGUAGCUUUACCUGUACCUGCCCUUCCACAUGGACCGGGAUAUUUUGUUCUGCAGACGUCAAUGAAUGCCAGAACCAACCCUGUUUCAAUGGUGGGACAUGUACUAAUCUCCAAGGGUCAUAUCGCUGUAAUUGCCCCCUUGGAUUUGGUGGAGUUAAUUGUGAAGUGAAUAUCAACGAAUGCACAUCAAAUCCUUGUUUGAACGGAGGUACUUGCAGUGAUGGAAUUAAUUUUUACACCUGUGCUUGUCUGCUAGGUUUCACAGGACAACGGUGUGAGAUUACCCCGAAUGCUUGUUCAAGUUCUCCUUGCCUAAACGGAGGUACAUGCAACAGCAACAAUGGCUUCUUCACCUGCAGUUGUGUCAGUGGAUUUGUUGGAAUUAGGUGUGAAACAAACAGCAACGACUGCGUGCAGAACCCCUGUCAGAAUGGAGGCACAUGUGUGGAUGGAUUGAACACGUUCUCGUGCACGUGUCUGGCAGGGUUCUCUGGUAACCUCUGCCAGAUUUCAAAUUUCUGUGCUAACAACCCCUGCUUGAAUGGCGGAACCUGCCAAACCUUGUCCACAACUUAUCGGUGUCAGUGCACCAAUGGAUUCACAGGUCAACAGUGUCAAAUUAAUAUCCAGGAAUGUUCAAGUGGACCUUGUCAAAAUGGAGGAACGUGCAUUGAUGGAGUGAAUUCUUUCAUCUGUCAGUGUCCUGUUGGCUACGGGGGAAUAUUUUGUCAGUUGUCAACAUCACCAUGCCAGAGUAAUCCAUGUCAAAACGGUGCUUGCAUUACACAGCAACAAGGGUACAUUUGCCAGUGCAAUCAGGGAUUCACCGGGGUUUUCUGUCAGACCAACAUCAAUGAAUGCCUGAGCUCACCUUGUCUAAAUGGAGCCACCUGCCUGGAUGGUUUAGCCCGGUACACGUGUCAAUGUCGCUUGGGUUACACCGGGAUCCGAUGUGAAAUCAACGUAGAUGAGUGUGCAUCACAGCCUUGUGCCAAUGGUGGCACUUGCAUUGACAAUGUGAAUAGCUAUAUCUGCAAUUGUCCACAAGGUUUCACAGGGGCCAAUUGCUUUGAGCGUAAUGACCUGUGUUCGCCAUCCCCAUGUGUGAAUGGGGACUGUCUUAGCGGAUCAGGGACUUUCACAUGUCGUUGCUUUAAUGGUUAUACCGGGUCCCGUUGUGAGAUAAACCCCAAUGAUUGUGCACCCAAUCCUUGCCAGAAUGGAGGGACAUGCACUGAUGGUCUUAAUAGAUUCUUCUGCAACUGCUUGCCAGGAUUCUUUGGAUCUAUGUGUGAGAUUGUUCAAGAUCCCAAUCAGUGUCUUUCAAAUCCUUGUCUGAAUUCUGGUAGCUGUAUUGAUGGAAACAACCGCUUUACCUGUAUGUGCUUGCCAGGGUAUACUGGAACGCGUUGUGAAACCAACAUCAAUGAAUGUGGCAGUAAUCCUUGCCUAAACCAAGGACAGUGUCUUGAUCAAGUCAACGCUUUUCUGUGCAACUGUCCUGCAAACUUCAUCGGAACUCGAUGUGAAACUCCACUAGUACCUGAUGCAUGUAUCUCCAACCCAUGCCAGAAUGCCGGAACCUGUACGAGAAUAAAUAACGGAUACCAGUGUAUCUGCCAACCAGGAUUCCAGGGCACCAAUUGUCAAAUAAAUAUCAAUGAGUGUGCUUCUAGCCCUUGUCUAAAUGGAGGCACCUGCGUUGAUAGAGUGAAUAGAUUCACAUGCACCUGUACCCAGUUCUACACUGGACAGACCUGUGCAUUUGCUGUUGUCAACCCCUGCACUACAGCACCAUGCUUGAAUGGCGGUACAUGCAGCGUCAACCCAGCCAAUCCAAGUAGUUUCCUGUGUGCCUGUCAGUUUGGAUAUAGUGGAAACCAAUGUCAGUUUGAUGGUAAUCAAUGUUUGUCAAACCCAUGUUCUAACGGUGGUGUGUGCAUCGAUGGUAACGGCCGGUUUGCCUGUAAUUGUGCUCCUGGAUUUAGUGGUGACACUUGCCAAAUCAACAAUAAUGAGUGUAUUAGCAGCCCUUGUCUCAACGGAGGUAUAUGUAAUGACUUAAGCAAUGCAUAUAGCUGUACUUGUCAACCCAACUUCAAUGGCGCAAGAUGUGAAACUCCUAUACAAGUGCCCAAUCCCUGCAUAUCAUCACCUUGUCUGAACGGAGGUACAUGUGUAAGGACUGGUGACUCUACCUAUGUGUGUAACUGCCGCGCUGGAUUUAUUGGAGCACAAUGUAGCCAGCCGGUUGAUAUCACAACUUGUGCCGAUUCACCUUGUCAGAAUGGAGCUACCUGUUCACCAACGCAGACUGGAGCUAGUUAUUUCUGUGUCUGCUACACUGGGACAUCAGGGAAUAAUUGCGAGGUUGGGCAGACGGCAUGCUUCCCCCAGCCAUGUCAGAAUGGUGGUACAUGUGUGUCAAUGACCAGUGGUCAGAAUGGCUUCUUCUGUAUGUGCCCACCUGGACUUGGAUUGACUGACAUCACAUGUGCAGGUGUAGGUGCAAACCCUUGUUCAUCAAACCCAUGUUUAAAUGGAAUAUGCUCAUCGGUGUUUACGACAUCAGGAACCAUCAGCGGAUAUGAAUGCAAUUGCCAGGCAGGCUAUACAGGAGUACGAUGCCAGACUUUACUAACUCCUCCAGUUUCACCUUGUCAGAACAAUCCCUGCCAGAAUGGAGGAACAUGCACCAAUAACGGAUUAUCCUUCUUCUGCAGUUGUCGAAUUGGGUUUACUGGCACAACAUGCCAAACAUCUGUUCCUUGCAACUCAAACCCUUGCUUGAAUGGAGGUUCCUGCCAGGUAUUCACCAAUGCCUAUGUCUGUAAUUGUCUACCUGGCUUUGCUGGAACCAGAUGCGAGCAGAGUAACGUAUCACCAUGUCAAUCUAACCCUUGUUUCAAUGGUGGAACAUGUAAUGUAGAAGGCAACAUCUAUAGGUGUUCUUGCAUUGAUGGUUUCACUGGACUUCGCUGUCAGACACCUCCAUUACCUUGUUUUUCCAAUCCAUGUUUGUUUGGUGGAAGCUGCAGCAACACUGGAAGCACAUUCUUCUGUGCGUGUUUAGCUGGUUACUCUGGAAACAGAUGCCAGACUCCACCAUCACCUUGCUCAUCUAGCCCAUGUUUCAAUGGUGGAGUGUGCUCCUCAUCUGGGGGAAUAUUCACCUGCUCGUGCCCAUCAGCAUAUACCGGUACCAGAUGUGAGAUAUUGGUCGCUACCAGCCCUUGUCAGUCAAAUCCUUGCGCAAAUGGAGGUACAUGUGUACAACAACCAACUGGUGGUUUCAUAUGUUUAUGCCGACCUGGAUUCGGAGGCACCAGAUGCACAACAGUGGUUCCAUCUCCAUGUCAGCCUACAAACCCUUGUCUCAAUGGAGGUACCUGUACCUCUAUUGGUAACUUGUUUUCUUGCACAUGUCUGCCUACAUAUACUGGAUCUACCUGCCAGACACCAACUGCUACAGAUUGUACUUUCGUAUGCGCUAACGGAGGGGUGUGUGUGUUGGAUGUUCUUCAUCGUGUUAAUGUCUGUCAAUGUCCCCAGGAAUUCAACGGAAACCAGUGCCUCUCCAGAACGACAUGUUCCAGGAACUACACUUUGGCCCAGGGACAGCAGGUGGCGGUGUCAAGCCCUAAUUAUCCCAACCCCUAUCCUAACUCGGUUCGCUGUGAGAUCUACUUCCAAGCCUCGGAUCCAAACAGGCGCCUACGUGUGACCGUCAAUGAGUUUGAUACCGAGUGUGAGCAUGACUAUGUUACGGCUGGAAAUGGUGGAAAUCUGAAUGAUCAGACCUCCAUUCUGAUGAGACUGUCUGGCGAUGAACAGGUCCCGCCUUUUGUCAUCGACAGCAACCAAGGAUGGCUCCUGUUUGAAAGUGAUCUAUGGGUCACCAAUCCAGGAUUUGCACUCACGGUCCAAGAUGUGGAUACAACAGAAUUCAUGGCUGAUUGUCCACCUGAUUUCUGCCGAAAUGGAGGUACAUGUGUGGUAGUAGUUGAUCAACCCCAGGUCCUCGGAUGCCUGUGCCUGGAUGGCUUCACUGGAGAUAACUGCAUUGAUGAUACGAACGAGUGUGCCAGCAAUCCCUGUUUCAAUGGAGGAAGAUGUAAUGACCUUCUUAACGCAUACUCAUGCACAUGUAUUUCAGGCACGUCUGGCCCAAGAUGCCAAUCAAUAACAACGCAGUGCACUAGCCUUGACUGCAGGAAUGGAGGAACUUGUGUGAUGUCACAGUUAGGUUUGGCAAGCUGCAAUUGUGUUGAUGGCUAUGAAGGAAACCUGUGUCAAACCAAUAUUAAUGAAUGUGAGAGCAAUCCCUGUCUGAACAAUGGUAUGUGUACAGACCAAGUUAAUGGAUUCUUCUGUAGCUGUCGUGAUCCAUACUCAGGAAUACUUUGUGAGACAAACAAUGCUAAUGUUGCUCGCUCCUCUGCCCGCGAUGGCAUGAACUUGAGUUUGCCGGAGCUUGCAUCAACAAAUCUAUCAGCAUCGUGGAUAGCUGUCAUUGUUGUCCUCUUCAUCAUCAUUAUUGUUAUGGGGAUGUACAUUGGAUACAGAUACUAUCGUGGAAGGCGUCAACGUCUUGAAGAUGGAGAGCACCUUCUUGAGGAGUAUUCAAAUAGAGCUCUGGACCCAGUCCCUCCUACUGAAAUGGGAGCUUAUGAACUCGUUCACCUGCCAGGAGGAGCAAGAUCCGGGAGUGUCUCUGCAAUGAAUGCAAACCAGUCACCAUGGCCCCAGAGUGCUGCCAACAUCUAAUGGCCAUCAUAUAAAGAGCUGAGAACUUCAGAUAUACAUGAACUAUAUACUAUAUGAAAUAUUUAAUAAUUGAUAUAUGAUACACAUUUGAGAAUAAUGUCAUUUUACUCAGACACUUGUUACAGUGCAAUAAUUGAUCGUAUGUAUGUGUAUCAGUUUUGGUAUAUAUAAUCUUAAAGUAUCAGUGAUCGAUUUCAGCAGCAUCUUUUUUCUUGGGAAAAUGAUUAUGUCACAGAUAAUUUCAGAUUGAUGCUGUUCAUGUUUUCAUAUUAUAGUUAUUCUUCAAAUUUUAAAAAAUAAAGAACCUCAAUUGUAAAUAAAGUAUACUACAUGAAUUAUAUAAUAAUUUAUAUAUGAUGCAUACUUAUAAUACUCUGACAAUUGUUACAAUUUGAUAAUUGUGUGUAUGUCUCUGAGUUUGGGGUAAUGUAAUCUUAUUGAUGAUAUAACUUAUUCUAGGGGAAAAGGCUUCAUGAGAAAUAAUUGUAAUAUGCUGCUAUCUACAUUAU